AUGGAGGCCGCCUCUGCGCGCGCCGCCGCCCGCGACCGCUGGGGCGAGUACGGCGGCCGCACCCCCUCGCAGCUCGAGCGCUACAUCCACUCCGCCUGCAGCCCUGACAACUACGAGCCCAACCUCGCCCUCAACCUCGAGAUUUCUGACCUCGUCAACCAGAAAAAGGGCGCCGCCCCGCGCGAGGCCGCCACCGCCAUCGUCACCUACGUCAAUCACCGCAACCCAAACGUCGCCCUCCUCGCCCUCAGCCUCCUCGACAUCUGCGUCAAGAACUGCGGCUACCCAUUCCACCUCCAGAUCAGCACCAAGGAGUUCCUCAAUGAGCUCGUCCGCCGCUUCCCCGAGCGGCCCCCCAUCCGCGCCACCCGCGUCCAGGCCAAGAUCCUCGAGGCCAUCGAGGAGUGGCGCAUGACCAUCUGCGAGACGAGCCGUUACAAGGACGACCUCGGCUUCAUCCGCGACAUGCACCGUCUACUCAGUUACAAGGGCUACAUGUUUCCCGAGAUUCGCCGAGAGGAUGCCGCUGUAUUGAAUCCCAGUGAUAACCUCAAAUCCGCCGAAGAAAUGGAAGAGGAGGAACGCGAGGCCCAGUCCGCCAAGCUCCAGGAGCUCAUCCGACGCGGCACCCCCACCGACCUGCAAGAAGCCAACCGCCUUAUGAAGGUCAUGGCCGGCUUCGACACGCGCUCCAAGACCGACUACCGCGCCAAGGCCGCCGAGGAAGUGGCCAAGAUCCAGGCCAAGGCCCGCCUGCUCGAGGAGCGCCUCGAGGCCUUCCGCCCCGGCGACAAGAUGACCGACGGCGAUGUCUUCAGCGAGCUCGCCUCAGCCCUGCAGAGCGCCCACCCCAAGAUUCAAAAGAUGUGCGAAGAGGAGUCGGACGACCACGAGGCCGUCGCCAAGCUCUUCGACAUCAACGACAGCAUACACCGCACCGUCGAGCGCUACAAGCUUAUGAAAAAGGGCGACCUCGAGGGCGCCGCCAAGAUUGCCGCCGGCGGGCCCGCGCCUUCGCAGACGGCAACCGUCGCCGGCAGUGGCGCGGCCGGCGAGCUGUCCCUCAUCGACUUUGACGCAGAUGCCGCCGACGCCAACCGCAGCUCCUCGUCGCAACCUGGCAGCGCCACGCAGGGCAUCGAGAACGAUCUCCUCGGCCUGGACAUUGGCGGCAGCUCUGGCAACUUCGGUCAGGGCGGUAGCAUUGCUCUCGGCUUUGGCGCCAACCAAAAUAUCCCUGGACCUGCGCUGCUGUCUUCGCUGACAGACAACAGCAGCGCCAGCACCAACAACAACGGCCACAUGGCCGCUUCAAGCAGCAGCGGCAACCUUGGCAGCCAAUUCAUGUCCUUUGCUUCGGCAUCUGCGUCGCAGUCAACCACUCCCGUCCCCGCCGGUGCCGCCAUUGCCGCGCCUCCUCCACCUACAGCCUCCGAUCCGUUUGCAGCGUUCAUGUCGCAAUCCAGCAGCGCCGGCAAGCAACCCGCCGCCACCGAAGAUGAUGAAUGGAACUUUUCCUCGGCACUGCCCGAGUCAUCAUCACAGCAACAGCAGGUCCCCCGCGAGCACAAGCGCACCAUCACUGACGGUAGCAUCCGCGCCGAGUUUCUGGCCAACCGCGCCACGGCUUCGUCACCGGCCAUUGACAUGCUCUUUUCGUUUUCCAACAACACGGCACAGCCCAUUUCGGAGCUGCACUUUCAGUUGGCCGUGACCAAGGGCUACGAACUCAAACUCAAACCCCAAACGGGCCGCAACCUCGCUCCCAAGCAGAGCAGAGGCGUCACGCAGCACGUCGCCGUCCACCGCGCCGGUGCGGCCUCGAAGCGAGUCGACGCGGCCAAGCUUCGGUGGCGGGCGGCCUACAAGGUCGGCGGCGAGCAAAAGACGGAGAUGGGCGAGAUUGCCGAGUUUAGCAUCGCGUGA